AUGGCAGCUCAAUCAGCAUCCAUCCUCCGCCGCUCACUACUAUACGAAGACUCAGUGACACCCCAUCUCAAGCCCAUCGCCAGAGCCCAGCUGAAAUCUCACCUCUCUUCAUCUUCACCCCUCCCCUCCUCCUCCUCCUCCUCCUCCUCCUCCUCCUCAUCAUCAUCAUCAUCAUCAUCAUCGUCUACACGAAGCGAACUAGCCGUCCGUAUCAACGCCAUCUCCACCACCUUCGCCCUAGAAGACCUGACAACGCUGGCGUCCGCACCCUCCCUGGAUGCAGUGGUAGUCCCCAAGGUCGAGUCGGCCGCCGAUCUGACCUUUGUCACCGACGUCCUACGCCACGUAUGUCCCGAGAGGCACGGCGCUUCCUCUCCGGCAGGGGAGCAGGGCGGGAGAGACCCCAUCAGGAUCAUCGCCCUGAUCGAGUCGGCCAAGGCGGUCAUGGACCUACCCUCCAUCUGCCGCUCGACGCCGUACCUGAGCGGCCUCAUAUUCGCAGCCGAGGACUUCAGCCUGGACCUGUCCAUCACGCGCACACCGUCACUGACCGAGUUCCUGUACGCGCGGUCUGCCAUCGUCACGGCCGCGCGCGCGGCCCGCCUCCCCAGCGCGAUAGAUCUGGUCUGCACCGACUUCCGAGGCGACGCCGGCCUGCGCAGGCUGGAGGACGAGUGCGUGGGUGGCAGGGGCAUGGGCUUCAACGGGAAGCAGUGCAUCCACCCCGGUCAGGUCGCCACGGUGCAGCGCCUGUUUGCUCCCGCCGCCGAAGAGGUCGAGUGGGCGGUCAGGAUUGUCGUCGCCGACGGCAAGGCCUCCCGCCGCGGGAGGGGCGCGUGGACCCUCGACGGAAAGAUGAUCGAUGCGCCUGUCGUUGGGAAGGCUCAUGCCAUCGUCGCCAAGGCUGUGCAGUGUGGGUUCGAUGUGCAGAGCCUCAGAGACAAGUGGAGUUUGCAGGAGCCAGAGUGA